AUGUCCAUUGUCGCGCCGCUCUACGGGAUCUCUUUAUUCCUUCCGUCGAUCAUCAAUGGCUUUGGAUUCAACACCACAAUUUCCCAGCUGCUCACCGUCCCGCCCUACGUCGUCGCCACCAUCACCCUCCUCCUCUGGGCGUUCUGGUCCGACCGGAUCAAGAAGCGAUACCCCUUCAUACUCGCCGGGCUCGACUUUGGCACCUUCCUCGUCGUCACCGGCGCAUACGCCGGCUUCCCCGGGAUCAUCGCCUGGCUGGGGAACAACCUCGUGGGGCACUACAAGCGCGGGAUGGGGAUGGCGCUCCAGAUCGGCAUCGGCAACUUCAGCGGCGCGGUCGCGAGCAACAUCUACCGCACGCAGGACGCGCCGCGAUACGCGCUCGGCCACGGGAUUGAGCUGAUGUUCGUGGGGAUCGGUCUUGUCGCGGUGCCCAUCGCGGUGCUGUCGUACAAGCGCAUCAACGCGCGGCGUGAGUCCGAGAUGAGGGAGGCGAACGAGCGCGGGUUCAAGUAUUCGCCCGAGGAGCUGCGGAGAAUGGGCGACCGCGCGCCGGACUUCCGGUACACGCUUUGA